AUGGCGUACUACAAGGGUGCCGCCUCGGAAGGGGGCCGUGCCGCUCAGUUGAUGAAACGGCGCGAACUAGCCCAACAGGAGGUCGAAUUUCGUAAGAAGAAAAUCGAGGAGGACCUGAAGGUGAGCAACAUCGAGAACAAAUUCGCCGCCCAUUACGAUGCGGUGGAGCAGCAGCUCAAAAGCUCCACCAUCGGGUUGGUUACCCUGGAUGAGAUGAAAGCGAAGCAGGAGGACAUUGUCCGAGAGCGCGAGAAAAAGCUGGCCCAAAAGAAAGAGGAAAAGGACAAGGAAAAGCUGAAAGCGCUUGAAGCUAAGCUGGCGGAAAAGGACCGACAAAAGCGACAGAUACAAGCGCUAUCGUUCGAUCCAGAGGAUGAGCCGGAUGGGGAUGGGCAUUCGGAUCAGGAAUCGGAACCGGAGGAAAAGAAGGAGGAACUGGUCGUUAAGCGCUCCUGGAAGGACGAGGUACCGAGUGGGGUGAAAAAGAUACGCAAAAAUCCGGACGUGGAUACGUCGUUCCUGCCAGAUCGGGAGCGUGAGGAACGCGACAACAGAUUGCGCGAGGAGCUGAGACAGGAAUGGGCUAUGAAACAGGCUACGUUGAAAGAUCAGGAAAUUACCAUCACGUUCAGCUACUGGGAUGGUUCCGGGCACCGAAAAUCGGUCGUUAUGAAGAAAGGUAACUCCAUCUAUCAGUUCCUGCAAAAGUGUCUCGAAAUGCUUCGAAAGGACUUCAGUGAAUUGAAAACGGUGAUGGCCGAUCAAUUGAUGUACGUGAAGGAGGAUUUGAUAUUGCCCCAUCAUUACACAUUCUAUGACUUCAUAGUGACAAAGGCACGUGGCAAAAGUGGUCCGUUGUUCAACUUCGACGUGUUUGAUGAUAUUCGUAUGAUAAGCGAUGCCACGGUUGAGAAGGAAGAUUCCCAUGCCGGUAAAGUGUUGCUCCGUUCCUGGUACGAGCGCAAUAAGCACAUCUUCCCGGCUUCACGAUGGGAGCCAUAUGAUCCAACCAAGGUUUACGAUAAGUACACGAUUAAGGACAAAAGCAAGAAGUAA